AAACUUUGUUAGGCUAGCUAGUAUCGCGAAGAGCAUAAGAAGACUAUUCUAAAUUAUCUCGAGAAAGAAAAUCAGAGGUAGAACACGUUUUGCGGUUUUAUCAGCCUAAAAACCUCAAGACCACUUUAUGGUUGGAGUAAGACUGAAAAUCCUAGUGUUACAAGGUAAAGAGAAUGAUUUAAAUCGCAGAAUUUAAUGAUGCUGACGUUGAUUCCUGUCACGAUUUUGGUUGUUGUGUUACCCUUCUCUGUCACGCAAGCCUCUACGCACAAUGGUGGUGACGGGAUUACCUAUCGACUGAAUGUCGUUCAAGAUGUCUGUCUGGAGCGAGGGAGUACUAACUUCAAUUAUCUUCAGUAUCUGUUGGUUGGCCGUCACCCACAGUACCCCAAGAAACGUUCACUGGUCCAAUUUGAAAAUCUACCUUUAGAAUGUCCUGUGCACAAAAUUCGUUGGGCCAAGAUGUACCUUUAUUUCGCAUACUCUCACAAAGCCAGUGGGCAUACUGUUAUCCAGACUCCCUACAUCUCCCGUCCAAUUCAAGUCCACCUGGUCAAGAAAGCGUGGGCCGAAAGCCAAGCCACGAGUGUGAGGCGUUUGAAUGGCAUAAAUUGGUCUCAACCAUACCUUGAUUUGAAUAACAAUGAUGCCGAGGCUACACCACAGGACUGCGCGACCACCAUCUACUCCUUCCGCCCAAGCGGCUUUGUCGAGUUUGACGUCACUAGGGCUGUACGUAGCUGGCGUAAAGGUACGCCUAACCAUGGCAUGUUGCUCUGGGCAACGGAUGAAAAUUUAGCGGGAAGAGAUCUGCGUUUUGCUAGCAACGCCCAUCCUGAUUCCAAGAAACAUGCAUUUAUUAAUGUCAUGUGUGAGUACUAAAAUUCAGUCAACGGAUUACGAACGUUUUCCGAACCCGUUCCGAGUUGUUGUUUUUAAGAAUGUUUUCAUUAGUAAAAAGCUAGCCUAAAAAAUUAUCAUUCUUGAACACGUAAACAAGAAACAGUGCAUAGUCCCCUUCACAGUUCCCUGCGCCAUUUUGAAAGGUAGCCGUGCCUUUGCAUCGAAGCGAGACGAACGGUGAGCUUGCAACGAUAGAGACAUGUGAAUAAUUGUCCAAGGCGUUAAAAAGAGGUCAAUAACUUUGCAAGCUCACCGUUCGUCUCGCUUCGAUGCAAAGGCUCGGCUACCUUCAUAACUUCAUAACUAGCACUCGUAUAAGCUGUGGACAGUUUAAAUUCUUUUAGAUUACUUAAAUGGAUUCACUAAAAAGACACCGAGAAUACUGAAUUUUUGAUAAGGAUGCAUGUAAGAUUCAGUCAGUUACUGAUCUACGAUUACAAUCAUAAACUGAAAUAAAUAAUAACAUAACCAGCA